AUGGAUUCUGAGGACUAUCGAGUCUGGUCCAGAUCCGAGAUCGUCGGUGACGAAGUUGAUUGGAGGACUGCACGCAACAUCCACCCACGAACCACCAUCAAGAAAGAAGAAAUGACUGCCCCCUCCAAGCCGGACACAUCCAUCAACUGGUCUCUGCUCGCCGGCGCCGAAACCACCAAGCCGCCCUCUUCAUCCUCCUCUUCCUCCUCAUCAAGAUCCUCGGCCGACUUGUCGACCCCAAACACGAGCGUGUUAGCAGAUGCCUCCCCGCCCUCCUCCUUCGCCUCCGUCUCCUCGGAGAAACUCGCGCCUUCAAAGGCCCAGCCCUGGAUGCCCAAGAGCCAGGGCUUGUCGCAAGACCCAAACGAUUGGCUGUGGCAGAUGACCGAAGAACCCCAUCGGAGUCGACGAAGAGCGAUCUUGAAAGAUCAUCCUGAAGUACGUAAGUUGAUGGGAUACACUUGGACGACUAAAUGGGUCACCCUGUUCGUCGUCUCGCUCCAGUUGUCCGUCGCCAUGUACUUCGGUUCACGCUCGAAAGAAGGCCUCGAAUCGGCAUGGAACUGGAAGUUUUUCGUGGCCGCAUAUGUGAUUGGAGGGACGGCGAACCAGAACCUAUUCCUAGCGAUCCACGAGAUCACCCACAACCUAGCCUUCAAGAAGAUCCUGCACAACAGGCUCCUGGCGAUCUUCGCCAACCUGCCGAUCGGGAUCCCCUACGCCAUGGUCUUCAAACGCUACCAUCUCGAGCAUCAUAAGGCCCUCGGAGAGGACGGCAUCGACACCGAUCUGCCCACCAAACUCGAGCUGCUCUGUCUCAGAAACGUCCUCGGUAAAACCUUCUUCGCCACUUUCCAGAUCUUGUUUUAUGCCCUCAGACCCGGCUUCGUCCGCUCUCAGAAACUGACCGGCUGGAUCGUUGCCAGCUUUGCGAUCCAACUGGGCUUUGACUACGUGCUCUACAAACACUUUGGGUUGGCCUCGGUGAUGUAUUUGAUCGUGUCCUCGUUCAUGGCCGGCUCGUUGCACCCUUGUGCGGCCCACUUCAUCGCCGAACAUUACGUCUGGACGGCCGACGGAGGCGACCAAGAGACAUGGAGCUAUUACGGCCCGCUCAACAUGCUUGCCUACAAUGUCGGCUACCACAACGAACACCACGAUUUCCCGUCGAUUCCGUGGACCAAUCUGCCCGAAUUGAAUAAGAUCGCCCAUGAGUAUUACGACCCGUUGCCCAAACAUUCCUCCUGGCCUAUGGUCAUCAUCAGGUUCAUCUUCGACAACAAUGUCGGCUUGUUCUCCCGCGUCAAACGGGUCCCCGGCGGCCCCCAUCUUCCCUUAGUCCCCGCUCCUGAUUCUUCCGUCAAUCAUACAGUCGAAGAUCGUAAAGAUAUCUGA